GUAUGGACAUGGAGCAUGCGGAAGUUGGUAUCGUUGUUUGCAUUGCCAAUACGGCUAUAUCACCAGCCUCGAUCGCCAUGGUUGGUUAGAAGGCUCGCGACAGCUCCGCCAGCCAGCGGUGUCGAGACGCAACAGCUUCCUUCAAAGCCUUCAAGUAUUCAGCUGCGCCAGUAUCAGGAAGAAUGCAUUCAGUCGGUGCUUUCAGCUCUACAAAAAGGGCACAAACGGCUAGGCAUCUCGCUGGCUACCGGUGGGGGCAAGACGGUGAUCUUCACUAGACUUAUCGACAGGAUACCACCGCCUCGUCCUCAUGCUACCCAAACACUCAUUCUUGUUCAUCGGCGGGAGCUUGUCGAGCAAGCGGCCCGACAUUGUAUUGAGGCGUAUCCUUCCAAAAGUGUGGAGAUUGAAAUGGCAAACUCCCAUGCAUCAGGGAGAGCAGAUAUCACCAUUGCGUCGGUCCGGAGCAUAAUAUCGAGCAAUCGAAUGGCGAAAUUUGACCCGUCGCGGUUUAAAUUGGUCCUCGUCGACGAAGCUCAUCAUAUUGUGGCCCAGGGGUAUAUGAAUACUCUAAACCAUUUUGGACUGUUGAGUCCAACAAAAGAUUCGCCAGCUCUCGUGGGCGUCUCAGCCACUCUAUCGCGAUUCGAUGGACUACGGCUUGGUGCUGCGCUCGAUCACAUUGUUUAUCACAAGAGCUAUGUUGAUAUGAUAGGGGAAAAGUGGUUGACAGACGUAAUCUUUACAACUGUUGAGUCUAAAGCAGACAUUUCCAAGGUGCGAAGUGGAGCCAAUGGAGAUUUCAGGUCUGGUGAGCUCUCCAAAGCUAUCAACACUGAAAGGACCAAUGAAAUCACCGUUCGUGCAUGGCUUGCGCGAGCUCGCGAGAGAAAAUCUACCAUUGUUUUCUGCGUCGACGUUAAGCACAUUACCAGUUUGACUGCUACUUUUCGCCGACAUGGAAUAGAUGCGCGCUUCAUCACAGGCAGUACGCAUAAGGCGGUUCGCGGACAAAGAUUAGAUGAGUUUCGAAAUGGGGAGUUUCCUGUCCUCUUGAAUUGCGGCGUCUUUACAGAGGGGACGGAUAUCCCUAAUAUAGACUGUGUGCUGCUCGCAAGGCCGACUAAAUCGCGAAACUUGCUGGUACAGAUGAUUGGACGCGGUAUGCGGCUUCAUUCUGGGAAAACCAAUUGCCACAUCAUUGAUAUGGUCUCGUCACUGUCUUCUGGCGUCGUGACGACUCCGACACUCUUCGGGUUGGAUCCCUCUGAGAUUGUCGAUAGUGCAAGCCCUGCCGAUAUGAAGGAGCUUCAGAAAAUGAGAGAUGAACAAUUAGAGGCAAAUGGAAGUGUUGCUCUUGGAGACGCCGCUGCCGAACAGCCCUUUUAUGGCAAUGAGAAGAUCUCAUUUACAGACUACGAUUCGGUUUAUGACCUCGUUGAUGACACGUCGGGCGAGCAGCACAUUCGUGCCAUUAGCCGUCUUGCGUGGGUUGAGGUUGGCCCCAAUCGCUAUGUUUUGUCGACUAAGAGCGGCGACUUUCUCAUGAUUGAGAAAACGGCUGCCGAACAGUUCCAUGUGCGACAUACUGCCAAAAUCCCUUUGAUAUCUGGUCAAGGACGCAAGAGUCCAUUUAUGCGUCCGCGCGAGAUCGCACAGGCCGAGACAUUUUCAGACGCUGUACAUGCAGCAGAUACUUAUGCUUCGGAGACGUUUCAGUGGCUGUUCAUCUCCAAGGACCAAGCCUGGCGUAAGAAGCCUGCGUCAGAAGGACAAGUUGCAUUUUUGAACAACUUUCGCGCCAUGGAUGACCAGCUCGGGCCUGAAGACAUUACAAAAGGCAAGGCAGGGGAUAUGAUUACCAAAAUCAAGUUUGGUGCUCGUGGACGAUAUGGACGACUAGAAGCAGCUCGCCGACGUCAAGGCAGGGCCCAGGUAAAGCUUGCGCAAGAGGAAGAACUCAAACAGCGGGAGGAUGUGAAGGUUGGGCCGGUCUCAGGCUAACACUGGAGAGAAUUAUUUCAUCUUGGGAGCAGAUGUUCCUCAGUCCAGGUCGCACGUGCUGCAAAGGUAUCUUUAAACAAUGGGGCACACAAUAUGUUCCCUUACCAAGGAUUUUUCGUAGCGGGGAUUGAUUGCACAUGCUUGGAACUCUUUCAAGUUUGGCGAUGUAGCUUCAUCUACCUUUUUCUCAACCCAAGCGAUGUAUAGUCCUCUUGCCCACUACUGGACAAUGUCCACAUCUUUUUACGUAG